AUGGACCUGGUGUAUGGUUCUGAGAUAACUUUUGGCGAUGGAUUUGCCAUAAAACCGUCAAGAACGUUCGUCGUCAAUACUAACGCUCCUCUUCAUUCAAACGUGUUCGAAGCGAAACCAUCGGGCGGCGUCGUCACAUUUCCCCACUCUUCUCACUACGCUGAUCGUAUCUUCGUCUGGCGUGCCAUCGGUCAGAAACUAUUCAUCGAGGAGCGUUCUCUUCUGUUUUCUAUCACAGAGGGCUCUUUGUGCAUUGAUUUCACUCGUACUUCUAUCAUUCCUGGCACUUCUAUCACUAUCUUUGAGGAGGGCGUCUUCAGUAUCGUCGUCCCAACCGCCUCAUCGAUUCAUCGCUUUUAUACAAAAUUGAGCUUCAAAGGACGCGAUGCCUUCUCAGUGCUCUCCAGAAUCGUUGAAGACGACGAUUUCCGUCGUUACCAUGUGAAUCACGCUCUGGCGACGUCUGGACGACCGAUUCGUGCCAGUGUCACUCAUCAUCCGACUAAAAACACGGUGAGUCUCGUCACUGCAGAAGGCCAACUAGUCGUCGUUGCAUUGGGUCUCCAGAAGUCAUCAGGCGCCGAGAAGCACGACGAAUUCACGAUUGGAGAAGUCGGUUUGCUCGGAAAACUAUUGGGCGGAGUUGAUAAACGAGUCAGUGAUGCGUGUGUGAUGAAGAAUCUAUCGGGUUACGGUAGAGAGAGGAAAUCUUCUGUAUCGAAAUCAGAUAUUGUGUAUACUGUAACUCGAGAUGGAUGGGUUCAGGCAUGGAAUGUUGAUACAAGGAAACAGUUAUCCAGUACUAUCGAUUUGAAUCAAUACUUUGCUUCGGACACCUUCAGAAUCUCGACUCCAGAAGGCUCUGACGAUGACGAUGAUCUAGAAUUCAUCAAUGCCGUGGAGCCAAUGGAGCAAUUCUACUCGAUCAACGCGUAUACAUUCGAUAUUGAUACUCUUCUAGUCGUUGGAUGUGAUAUUGUGAUUGGUGGGCGGAGUGUGGGGAUGAGAACUCACUUGAUUAAAGUGGCUGAUGAUCAGAUGUACCAUAUGCAGAUGUAUGAGACGAGUAUGACUGCUGAGGAGAGAUUAGUGCAUUUGGAAUUGAUUCAGACGUAUUUUCCACCGAGAGAUUGUGAAGAGUUGGAGGAGACGCAGGAUUUCGAGGACUACAACCCGCGCACGUGUGCUCAAUUCUCGCUUUCGGCUCUGUUCAAAAGCUCAUCGGCCAACAAAUCGUACUCUCUGAAACGUCUUUCGUUCGCAAUUCAAUGGAGAACCGGAGAAGUUUUCACUGAAUUCGAUUGGCAUCCAGUUCGUCAGUUUUCUGGGAAAUUGACAGGAAAAGGAGACAACAAGAGUGAUGACACGGAGAGACCGUAUAAUCUCUCUCCUGAUUCCAGUAUUGAGACACUCAUCGAUGUCGUCUUUGACACUGAUUUGUACUCGUUUGAUAUCGUUUUCAGAGCUAUACAGAUCGUGAGUGACAAUUACCGUGGAGCUCUCGCCAACAUUCGUCAUAAUAACUGGGCGGAGCUAUUGAAACUCGUUGACACUUAUCUCACUUCCAUCGAAUUCAAUCGGAAAUUUCAACAGAAAACGGAUAGAAGUAUUCGAUUGAGACUCAAUGCUCCACAAGAAUCACAGUCAUCCGCUGUUAAAGAUUUCUGGUGGGCUCUUCUCCGCGCAUGCGAAGAACUCGAUUUCGCUGCUCGCGGAGCAAUUUCUCUCGCUCCAAUGCAAUUAUCUGGAGAUCUGAAAAUAAUGGCUGUAAUCCAUCGGGAUCGAAUGACAAUUCUCGGUGAUAACAAUACGGAAUUCCUGAAUCUCAUCACCACUGAAAACAUUCCGAAACCUGGAAUUUUGGAGGAGAAAUACAGAAAAUCACCGAAUAAACAAUUGAUUGAUUUAAUUGAGGAGGCAUCGAAAUAUGCGGAUCGCAGAGUUCUUUUGAUGAACCGCGAGCGAGCGCGUCUCGCCAGUGCAAAACACGGAGUUCCACUGACCGACGAGGAUCUCAGCACUGAUAAUGCGUACGACUACGAUUCGGACGGUCGUUUCAUGACAAUCAAACCGGCAUUGGAGACUGCAAUCGUCAAAUUGACUGCUGCAUUCGUCGAGGCAUCGACAUUCGACAACUCGAAACCAUUCGAUGAUCCGUGUCCACAGCCAUUCGGUGGAGCUUUUACACAGAGUAUCGUAUCGGCGAAUAUCCGAAAGACAGUCGAGUCGAGAGUUCAUUUCGCGUUGACUCUCCAGUCGUUACUCAAUGCGAUCACUGAGCAAAAGAACCGCGCCGGCGUUCCAUCGUUCGGAGACGUCGAAGCGUUGUCGUGUGAAGUUCGAGAGAUUAUUCGUGUCUAUCGGGAGCUCAAUGAGCAGUUGGAUUUGAAGAUUUUCAAAAACGGCGCAAAAAUGAGUAUUGGAACAUGGUUGACAUCGGACGCCGAAGGACUUGCAAUGAUGAAACGAGAGGGAGGAUACGGAAAGAAUGGAUACGAAGAACUCAGAGAUUCAGAUUUCAAUUGGUUCGUCGGAGUGACGACUGAAGCGGCCGUCCGUGCUCUUCUAUCCACGUCGGAGAUUCUUGUUCUGCCACGUCGACUCGUUCUUCAUAAACAAUAUAAACUGCUUUUGACGAUUCUAAACUCGUAUAUUAGUGAGACUCGCGCCUUGAAGCCAGUCAUCACUUUCUAUCGAGGAAUCGCUUAUUCUGGAACUGAUCAUCCGGUUAAGGCUCUGAACGCAUUCCAAUCGUGUCUCGACGCGUUCACCGAAGGAAACAACGCUCUCCGAAAAGCAGUCUAUUACCUCCUGCCAAAACGAUUCGCGUGUCCAAAAGGGACGGAUCCAUUGGAGUCGUUGACACCAUCAGAAUACUUUCUCACCGUCGUCCGAUUCCUUCAGGAGCACGGACACGCUGAGGAAGUGUGCUCCGUCGCAAUGAAAGCGAUCGAGCAUCUUCCGAUUGAAAACGAGAGUGUCCAAGUGAUCUCCAAUACACUUUUCAAUCAUUUAACAGUUCGUCGUGAGUGGUUUCAAGCGCUGAAAUUGAUUCUGAAGACCACUUUGCAACCGGAAACCCGUCGAGCGUCUAUAUAUGAAUUGCUGAAAAUGAUGUUGUCAGUUGGAGAGUGGGAGGCGAUUGCUACGAUGAAAUUUGGGAUUCAUGAGCAAGUUGUGGAGGAUUUCCUGAGAGAAGCCGCUUUGGGACAAGCGCCCACUGAGAAACAACACUAUUUUGAGUUGUUGUUCGCGUUCUAUGUGGCAAGGAAGGAUUUCAGAAACGCCGCGUGUGCAAUGUAUGAAUUCGCUCGUCACAUCGAGACAGCCGACGGCAUGACUCCAGACCUUCUUCGCAGAAGACGUGACUGUCUAUCCGUCGUUUUGAAUCUUCAAGAAGUUUUGGGAAUGGAACCAGAAGAAAACGCCGCAAUCUACGACGACUACACGAACACCGACUUGGUCUUCCCUGCGCCUUCAGAUGACGAUUUGACGUCUUCUGAAACACAAAUCGACGGCGGAAAAGCUUCUACCGUGAAGCCGACGUCAUCAGAAUCAGAAGGAAUUUCUGGAAAUGAUGAAAUGGAGACGGAUGACGACAAAAAAGAAGUCCCGUUGAGUAACAGAAGAAAAUUGCUCGUUUUGACUGAAAAAGAUAUCCGCGACGAAUGGGUUUUGUGCUCGGCACGUGUCGGUCUCCUCUCAUCGGAUCAAUUCAAAGGAGUCCCACCAACUGAUUUCGACGAUUUAUUCUCACUUCUCGUCGAUUGUCUUCAUUUUGAUGAUGCAUUCGAUGUGGCGAGACGCUUCAACCUCGACGCUCAAAAAUUAUUCUUCUCGAUGACUCGCGAGGCGAUCAUGAUCGACGCUCUCCGUGACGAUGUGAACAUUGAAAUGGCGUCGACUCAACAGGCUGGAUGGGUUCGAAGCAAUCGAAGACACUGUGUCGCCGUCGCAACAUCCGAAGAGCAUUGGGCUGUUGUGAGAGGAUUGAUCGAUGCGGCACGAGAUGAGAUGCCUGGAGACUCGAGAGCUUUGAGAGGAGCGACUGAGGCCUUCUUGAGUUACGGAUUGAAUGUUCCAUUCUGGUUGCAUAACACUUUUGAGAUAAACGACUCAAACGACUAUCUCCGAUGCCUCAUCGAUUACGAAGCGUACGCGGCGGGUCUCCAAGUGAUCGGAGAGAUUGUUGAACACGAAACACUCAAAGUAUCUCAACCCAAUGCUCGUACCUGGUUACCGUACACCGUCAUCGACGAAUUGAUGCUCAGAAGUGGGGAUUACGUCAGAAAAAUGGCUGGAAAGACGCCGGAAGACCAAGUUUUGGCGCUGGAAGUGGCCAAUUUGAGGAAAAACGCCGAUCAGAAGUUGAUGAUCUACUUCCGAAAAGUACAGGACUUUGAGCAGGCGCAGAAGAUGUCGAAUCGAUUUUUUUCUAAGUGA